AUGGCCAAUAUUAUGGCAAACCUAAAGACUUUCCAGCCAGAAUAUGGGAUUGGGACGAAUGAGCCACUGUUUCAUCUGAGGUCUUAUGCCAAAGGAUUGAUGGUGAAUGCUUGCGCCCAUGCACUUUUUUUCUGCAAACUGCUCAAUGCCACCAAACAGAAAGAAGAGAAUUGUAAGGAUGCACCCGCUGGUUCCCAACCUUCUAAGGAUAAUCAAAGACUGAAGAUUGGGAUUAUUGGUGGAGGCCAUCUUGGGAAACAACUGGCCAGAACAUUGUUACAUUUGGGUGCCAUUUCAGGAAAGAACAUCCAGAUCUCCACAAGACAGCCAGAAACUCUAUUAGAAUUCCACAAGCUGGGAGUUGAGUGUAUCUAUAACAACAAGCAGCUGGUAGGCUGGGCAGAUGUUGCUUUUCUCUGCUGUCUUCCAUGUCAUCUUCCACAAAUAUGUUCAGAAGUUCAGGAUUCUCUCAAAAACUCAUGUAUUAUAUACAGCCUGGUCACAGCAAUCCCUUUGAGCAGACUGAAGCAACUUAUUUCCUCCUGUUCCAUCUUGAGGCCCCAGUACAAGUGCUCUGAGAACAGCUCUUUUCACAUGUGGGAGGCUAACAGAACAGUUUUGGAAGCCCUCAAAAAUACAACAAUUAUCCAGGCGACAUGUCCUUGCAACUCCAAGAGUGAAAUAACUGUCAACGUGAAGUGGCUGGCAGCUGUAUUUUAUGCAGCUUUAAAUAGCUAUACACAACAGCAUUUCUCCUACACAAAGGCUCUGGGAUUGCUCAAUCAAGUAUGUUUUUGUGAAGGCAAUGCCACCACCUCAUCACCAUUUCUAGUUUGUGAACAUUUUAUCAACCAAGCCUUUGCUUCCUCAUUGGCUGCUGAUGAUUCCUUCCCCUGGUUUGAUAUAACAACUGUACAGCUAAAAGACUCACCUCUUAGCCAGCUUCUUGAAACAAAUUCAUCUCUUCAGGAAAUCAUUGCUUCAUCUUAUUUUAACAUGAUAACAGCAUUGGCCAUGAAAAGUGAAGAUUUGACGACAUCUAUGACUAAAAAGAUACCACUCUCAGCAGUGCUGCUAAAACCCACUAAAUCACUGAUUUUUCAAAUUGAUAAAAUUCCUGCAAAAAAAAUAGAAGAGACAUCUAGUAUUGAUUCUGAAGACUCAUAA